AUGUCUACCGCUGCUCUUACAUAUUCUUCUACUAUAGUAGGGGCACUAGCUUGUCAAAGAAAUUCGUUUUUGAAGACUUUGAAAACGAAAGUUGUAUCGGCUAAUGAAUACACACCAAUUCAAACUUCUCGUGAUAAGCAGAACAAGAACAAAAAGGUCAAGGAGCAAAGUGAAGAAACUAGUAAAGGGCUAUUAUAUGCUUUAGAACUAGAAGACACUAUCCUUUUUCCUGAGGGUGGUGGGCAACCUUGUGAUUAUGGUACCAUUACAUUACCAAACGACGACGUCAUAGACGUGAAGUCAGUAUUGAGGGAUAAACUUAAAGCAAUUCACGUAACUGAUAGUCCAAUUAGAGAGGGUACUGAAAUAACUUUGAAUGUUGACUGGGAAAGAAGAAUUGAUGUAAUGCAACAGCAUACUGGGCAACAUUUACUUUCUGCAGUGUUAGAUACUUAUAAUUUGGAAACUUUGAGUUGGUCAAUGGGCGAUGUGAUUAACUAUAUUGAAUUACCUCAAAAGAUAAGCGACGAGAUUGUCGAAGAGGUAAACAGAAAAGUGAAUGAUAUUAUUUUUGAAGGUUUACCGAUUAGUUUGACUACUCCAGAUCAACAUGGAGGUGAGGUUGAUAUUACGCAUAUUCCAGAUGAUUACGACUUAUCUAAGGGAAUUGUCAGAAUAGUCAAAAUAGGAGAUUUAGAUGCCAAUCCUUGUUGUGGUACACAUUUAUCUUCCACCUCAGAAGUGCAGGCAAUAUCCUUAUUGAACCAAACGAAUGUUAGAGGUGGUAAUUCACGUUUGCAUUUCAUUUGUGGGUCUAGAGUAUAUAAAUACUUGAGAAAGCAGUAUGACAUCUUGAAAACAGUUUCUGGCAACCAGCUAUCAUGCCAAGUAGACGAAGUAGCUGAUAAGGUAGCUGCACUUAAUCUAAAUUAUAGAAAGUCAACUUCUCGCGAGUCUAAUUUGUUGAAGGAGUUGGCUGCAAUAGAAGCUAAUAAAAUUUUCCAAGACUUCCUAGCUAAAGGGCAAACAAUAGGCUUCGCAUAUAGAGAGGAUAGCAACGCUGAAUUCAUUCUUCUUCUCCAAAAAGAAUUGACAACUUUGGUCAAUACUUCGAAGGAUUGUGGCAUUGAUUUGAAUUCAUCUCAAACUGUCGUUCUUCUCAAUGGAGAUUAUGCUUCAGGUACUGGAGGAAUGGUCAAAAUAAUAGGACCAAAGGCUCAAGAGAUCCAAGCCGAGCUCAAGCAGAGAAUUUCCAAUUUGAAAGGGGGCGGGAAAGGAGCUUCAUUUCAAGGAAAAAUCUCGAAAUAUGAGAAAGGUGAACUAGAUUCCACUUUGAAAUACUUGGAGAGUUUACGCAACUCUUAA